ACUUUUUCUGGCGUGUUCACUCUUCAGCUUGAGCUUUUUCUCGCAUUCGACUUCACUCUCCCUUUUGAAGGAAAACACAAAAACUCAAAAUGCUUUCAAGUCGCGUGACACUGGCAGUUCGAUCUGCGGCCUUUGGCCAGUCUCGAAGGGGUCUCGCUACCGCUGCGGCCGUGACAUCUGCGAGCCGAAGUCACAAGGUCGUCGUUAUUGGAGGAGGCUCUGCUGGUCUCGCGAUCAGCCAUCAACUUCUCCGGAGCGGCCGAUUCGCCAGUGAGGAUAUCGCUGUUGUCGAUCCCGCUCAGUGGCACCACUAUCAGCCUGGAUGGACACUCGUCGGUGCCGGGCUUAAGACGAAGGAGGAGUUGAAGAUGUCUAUGCCUGAGCUCAUCGACCCCAAGCUCAAGUUCUACAACGUUAGCGUUGAUGCCCUCACUCCUGAGGACAACAGCAUCACUCUUGGAACUGGCGACAAGGUCAACUAUGAGCACCUCGUUGUUGCACCCGGCAUCAAGAUCAACUACGACAGCAUCAAGGGCCUUCCCGAAGCUCUCGCUGAGCGCAACGGUCCUGUCUCUUCCAUCUACGGCUACGACUACUGCGAUAAGGUCUUCCCCAACAUCCAGCGCCUCCAGAAGGGUAACGCCAUCUUCACCCAACCCGCCGGCGUCAUCAAGUGCGCCGGUGCUCCCCAGAAGUCCAUGUGGCUUGCCCUCGACCACUGGAAGCAGACUGGUCUCUAUGACCCCAAGAACCCCUCCGCCUCUCCUAUCAAGAUCACCUUCGCCACCGGCCUUCCCGUCAUGUUUGGUGUCCCCAAGUACAGCGCCGAGCUCGAGAAGAUGCGACAAGAGCGUGGUGUUGAGGGUCUUUUCCAGCAUGAUCUUGUUGCUAUUGAGGGCAACAACGCUGUCUUUGCCCAUGGCCAGGACAAGGUUACCAAGCCGUUUGAAUUCCUGCACGUCGUUCCCAAGAUGGGACCUCAUGCUUUCGUCAAGAAGAGCGCUCUCGCCAACGAGGCUGGCUACGUUGAUGUCAACGACAACACGCUCCGCCACAACAAGUUCGCCAACGUCUGGUCUGCUGGUGAUGCUUCAAGCCUUCCUACCUCCAAGACCGCCGCAGCCGUCACCUCCGAGGCGCCCGUUCUUGUCAGUAACCUACUGCGCGCCAUCGAUGGCCAAGAGCCCGAGCCAGCCUAUGAUGGCUACACCUCAUGCCCUCUCCUCACAGAAUACGGCAAGGUGAUGCUUGCUGAGUUUAAGUACGGUGGCGUUCCCAAGGAGACUUUCGGAGAGAUUCUCGGCAUUGACCAAGCCGUUCCCCGCCGCUCAUUCUACCACCUGAAGAAGGACUUCUUCCCCUGGGUUUACAAGAACUACAUGGUCAAGGGAACAUGGGGAGGACCUAAGGGCUGGAUUAAAUAGAUAAAAGUUUUGGACUUGCCGUGUAUGUUAGACUUGUACCAUCGGGGAGAUUGUAUACCCACGGAGAGACUGGAAUAAAAGUUGCAAAAUAAUGACCCCAAGGACGCAUGGCUUUGCCGCCGUGAUGCCGGUUUAUCUGCUUUUUGGCUAAUCAACAGAGGCGGUGGCUGAUAGCUCUCGGCCAAAUCGGAGAGAAGCUCAACUUUCGAGAUAGGGCGACAUUCUCAUUUGGGAACACUCAUCCGUAUUCCCAACGGUGCGCACUCGAUAUAAACUCCCUCCUCUCCAGCAUAAACAAACAUUUAGGCUGCCGUUGUACACAGUAUUCUCCUGGCUCCCAGUCGCCCAGCUUCCCCAAACCGUGGAUGCCUUACAACCACUCACUACACGAUGCCGCAAGUCUCAAAUCCUCCCCAUGGACCGGAAGGUCAGGUUUCUACCUCGACGGCAAAGCGGUCAAAAUCCUCCACGAAAUCGAAUGCUUGAACCACAAUAUCUGCCUCACCAGACGUCAACAAGACGUCAACACACGCGUCUCGGAAAAAAUACACUUCUACAGGAUGAAAGCCAAACUCGGCUGGUUCGGGCAGCUACGUCGCCGAUUAAAUGAGCAGCUAGACUACCAGAAACUACGCGAGCGCCAGAUUGACCAGAUACGCACCAAAUUCCUAAUAAUUCAGAUUCUAUUGGAUAGGGAGGUGAUAGCAAGAAGAGAGGCGAGGCUGGCGCAGCUUCAGACAGAUUUUGAAGCGAGGAUUCAGUAGAAGAGCAAGAAGGAUGAGCAGGAUCACCGGGAUUGGCUUGGCGAUGUGAAGAGACGGAGAGAUGUGAAGAAUAGUUGGAAGAUGGAGCAGAAAAAGAGGGACAAGGAAAGGUGGGAGGGGAAGUGGCAGGAGCUUUAUUGAGCAAGGGAGUGAAGACAAAGGUUUCGAGGGGACAUCCCGAGUUAUGGGGCUCUUUGCUUCUAUAUCGGAAUCUUCAUGGUUGCAGCUUUGGUGGUUUGCAUGCUUUGGACGAAUUGUUGCUUUUGGAGAUUGUUUGAUGUUUGUCGACAGACACGGGAAGCAUGACAUCCCGACGAGAUUUUGGAGAUUUGAUAUGGUACGUCUGGGAAACAACUAAUUGCUUGGAUUUAAUAUUUUUCCAUUCUUGAAUUUUUCUUGUUUUUAUAUUUUAUUUCUUUAGUUUUCUUCGCCUCAUUUUGCAUGGCCAUCUUUGGCAUUUGAUUCUAUCAACAGUGGCAUAUAUGGUUUGGGGGAACACAUUCAUUAGCGAUAUUCAUUACGGCAUCAAAGGACGAUGAGAAAUCUCGUUAUCCCUUAUACUCUCAUGCGAGUAGGAUAUAUCGCCGAUACUACUUCUACGAUAACGGCUCAAGCCUGGGGUUUGUUUGAGUUGGCUUCAUAAUGUUUAAUAUCUUAUAUCAGUAUUAGAUCGCACAAAUCACGAACCCUUUUAUCACUUGAGUUCCUCACAACGAGUCGCCACUCUACGUGCUGAAGCUCAGCACGACACGAACAGAAAUCUCUCUGAUACCGA